UUUUCAUCAGUAUAACAGAAGACUUUCUCGUGUUAAAAUGUUUUUUUCACGUUAAAGCUUAUUAUUUUUCUAAUUCUUUUAUUUUUUAUUUUUUCCAAUGAAAUAUACAUAUCAGAAUUUUAAUUAUUUAUAUUUUUCAUUGUUUUUAUUUUAUUCGAGAGUGUUAAUUUAAAAUUCAAUAGAUGACUUUGUAAAAUUUUGUCAAUUUCCAUUUGAAUACAUUUUAUUUCAUUAAACAUAUAGGUUUUUUUUUUCAUUCAAGUAUUUGUGUGUUUUUUUUGUGGAAAAAAAAGUUAAUUGAUAAUUUUUUGUGAUUGAUAAUAAUGAAAAUAAAUAACAAUAAUUAUUGAUUGAUAAUUCAAUGUUAUUGUUGGUGAUGAUUAAUAUAUAUAUUAGUGAUAAAUAAAAUGAUUAGUAAUAAAAUUUAACAAAAUAGUGAUGAAAAAUUUUGUGAUUGAAUUUAAUUUUUUUAUUUGAAUACAUAAAUAUAUAUAUAUAUAGAAAAUGGAAAUUUUUGGUCUAAACUUUGCACCGGCAAAUGUUCCACUAAGAAGAAGAUUACAAACUCUUGCGGCAACAGCAUGGAUUAUUAGUUUUGCAUUUGGAAAUAUUAUUGGUUAUAUACUUGCUGCAAUUAUUUUAUUAUUUAUUCCAUGGCUUCGAAUUCCUCUUUUUAUUUAUUUUUUCUUCAUGUAUUGCGAUCGAAAUUCUUGCAUUGAAGGAGGACGAAGUGAAAAAUACACAAAAUGGAUGAGAAAUUGCAUUUGGUGGCAUUAUUUUCGUGAUUAUUUUCCAAUAAAAUUAGUAAAAACAAAAGAUUUGGAUCCAUCGAGAAAUUAUUUAUUUUGUUCAUUUCCACAUGGAGUAUUGUCAACGGGAAUAUUUUGUGCGUUUGGAACUGACGUUUUGAAAUGUCAAGAACUUUUUCCUGGAUUGGAUUUCAGGUUGCUCACCUUGGAACAACAUUUUAGUGUUCCUAUUUUAAGGGAAUUACCAGCAAGUUUUGGUUGUUGCAGUGCGAGUGCAGCCAGCUUAGAAUAUUUAAUGUCUAAUAAACCUGAUCAACGUCCAGGAGUUAAUAUCAUUCCAAAACAAGGUAAUGCUCCAGUUCUUGUCGUUGGAGGUGCUUCUGAGGCUCUACACUGUAAACCAGGAACAUAUCGACUUGUUCUUCGUAGAAGAAAAGGAUUUCUUAGAUUAGCUCUUAAACAUGGAACACCCUUGGUUCCUGUUAUUUCAUUUGGAGAAACAGAUCUAUACGAUCAAAUAAAUAAUCCCGAGGGAUCACUUUUGAGAAAACUUCAAAACAAAUGGCAAAAAAUAACUGGAAUCGCGCCAGUUUUAGCAUUAGGACGAGGAAUAUUUCAAUAUACCUUCGGCAUUGUACCACAUCGAAAACCGAUUACAGUUGUUGUUGGCGCUCCUUUGGAAAUUCCCAAAAUAGAAAAUCCAAAUCAAGAUGAAAUUGACGAAUAUCAUGAAAAAUUCACACAACUCUUAAUUAAUUUAUUUGAAAGUGAAAAAUCUAAAUAUUUAAUUGAUCAUGAAAGGAUUUCUUUAACUUUUGAAUAAAUAUGAAUAUGUGAAAAUGAAAAAAAAAUCGUCUGAUUGUAUAUAUUUAUGUAUAUUUGUUUUCUAUAUUUGUUAAAUAAUUAUAUUGUAUAAAAACCUACAGAUUAUGAUAUUUUA